AUGGCAGCUGCCAAUCCGGAUCCGGCGGCUCUCAAGGCGAAGCGGAACCCCCCCGCUUGGCGAAGGACGGAGACGCAUCCGGCCACUCUCUCCCGCGCUCUGAGCGGCUCCUCGCCUGUCUCCGCAGACACAGCACCGCCGCGGACUGCCCGCGUCCUGGUUCGCCACCCGCGAGGCUCCCCCGACCGGGCGCCCUCCCCGUCCGAACGGCCGCCGGCGCAAUCAGAUAUACACGUGACGAGCGGCAGAAAUCUUCUCCAAACCGGCCGCGUCCCGUCGCUUCCCUGCGGCCACCGGCGGCUGCCCUCCGCCCCUCCCCUCGUCUCCGCUCCCGGGCCCGCCCUUUCGGAGCCAGCUGUGUCUCCCCCCGCCCCGGGUCGGGUCCGCAGGAGUUGGGCUGCGGCAGCCGCGGCUGGAGGAGCGAGAGACGGCCGAGCCGCGCGGGGCUUCGACGGCCACGGAUCGCCUCCACCACGCGGGGGCGCACGCGGCGAGUGGAGGAGAGACCCUAAGCAGCUUGCAACAGCCUUCUCGCCAUCUCCAUUUUCUCGUCGUAACAACAACCCGGUGAGGGCAAACAUGGACUUGUGGCUCUUUCUGUCUCUCUGCGGGGCCCUGCUCGCACCUUUGGCUGCCGAACCAGGUAGCGAACCGACGCACGACCCCUUCAAUUAUGGUCGACGCUGCCGUUGCAAAUUCAACCAGCAACAAAGGACCGGGGAACCUGACGAGGAGGAAGGGACCCUGCGCAACUCGAUCCGGCGCUUGUCCACCAGGAUGAGAUAGAAGACGGUCAGAACCGGCUGCCUCCAAGAUGCUGCUGUCCGCUGGAUCCACACAGUGCUGCCCCCCCCCACGUCACAGUUCUCGCCCUAGAUCUCCCCCCCCCCGCCCAGCCACAGGCCCCAGCUGGCCAAGCGGAUCCUGGGCCAGAUGCCUUCGGGGGGGCCGUUGAGCCCCGGCGAACUCCCAGAGCUUCUCCUUAAGCUUCCUGCUUGACCUCUGCUGCUCUUUUGUCUCAUAGAGAUGAGGAUAAUAUCGAAGCUUUGAUACUAGUGCUAGGCGAUGGGGGAUGCGGCGUCUGCAGGCACUUCCUCCCUAAACUGUAAUCGAGAGCCUUCCUAAGAAAACAGAGAUCCUGUCAAGGGGCAGUGUGUGAUUUGUGUCUGUCAAGUUGCAGCUGACUUAUGGUAACCCUGUCAGGUUUUCAAGGCGAGAGACCUUCAGAGGUGGUUCUGCCAAUGCCUGCCUUUGUGCACCAACCUUGGGCUUCCUUGGCGGUCUCCCCUCCAAGUACUAACCAGGGCCGACCCUGCUUAGCUUCCAAGAUCUGACGAGAGCAGGCAAUCCUGGACCGUUGAGGUCAGGGCGUAGUGCUGAUAGCUCGGUUUCAUCCCAGGUUAUGAAAAUAAGAGGGGGGUCGGGUCCCCCUGGGGUGUCUGUCUUGUGAACCACUGGUCUGGACUGAAAUACAAUAGCGUUCUCUGGCACAGAGCCAUUCACUUUCUCUCCAGCAGAGGGCGAUAGUGACUCGUGCCGGCUAAAGGACUGGUGGCGCUCCAGUCAUGCAAAAAUAAGGUUUUCUCUCACUGGCCAGUCAGCCUUUGCAGGGUGCUGUCACUGAGUGACACGUGACCCAUUCGGUGUCACCGAGAAGCCCUUUAGCCCAGUUCUGGACCAUCUGUGGCCAAACUCUUGGAAGGGCAGGCAUUUCCCGCCAAGUAAACAUACCAUCCUCUUGGAGGAAAACGUGCAUCUCUGUUUCUCGACCUGUAGGUGCAAACUAAUGAAUGAGCAACGUCAGGGUUUGGAGCUUGGUCAGGUAGCCAAUUAGACGAGCCCGCUUGGGCACAGGUCAUUGGUUCUCAGAAUGCCCCAUUCUUGCAUAGCUGGCGUCUCGGCCUCCGAGGAACCAAGUGAGGCUCCAACUCCUGCUCCCUGCCCUCUGCUUCUCUGAGGGCCCCCUGAUCCACUUCCUGGGUCAAAUGAGUGGUCUUCUCACCACAGCACUAGCAGGGAAAGACCUGUUGUGAGUAAGGAGCCCUUCAGAAUAAUCAAAGUUAAGCCACGUCUCAGAGGGUGGCAGAGGUGACAGGUUAGCCUCUCAGCACCUCCAUCUUGCCUGUUCUGUCCCCCUGCCUUGGGCGGUGUGUGGACAGAAUGCUGCUGGAAUCCCCUUUGGCUUUUCAUCUAGCUAUGCCGCCUGGUCUGUCUGGAUUCAGAAGCCCAGAAAUCUGGUCCAACAGGAAGACUGGAGGCAGUUUUCUUCCCAGAGGGGUUUGUGUGGGAUGCGACAGAGGGCAGAGAGGGCCAUGGGGUGUCUGCUCCUUGGUGCCUGAGCCUUCGUGGCAACGAGAUGAAAUAAAACGGGCAGCGGUGCCUGUUCUGUGCCACCUUUGGUCCCCUAGAAAACCGUGCUCUCUCUCUCUAGCUUUAGCUCCCUGGUGUCUAGAUCUGUGACAUACAGUGAUUCAGGAGCCACAGGUGGCUCUUUGACCCACCACCUGUGGCUCUUCUGAGCACUGUUCUCUGGUGUGCAACCUGCCCCAUGUUUCGGUUAAAUGGGCAAGACCUUUGCCUGGCGGGGCUUGCUUUUGGUAGGUGGUUCCCACCUUGAAACAGCCACUGUUGGUGGAAUGGGUCGACCACGAGCUUUGCAGUGGUGCAGGCCUCAGGAAUGUAACUAUAUGCGGCCCUUUUUUGUCGAUGGAGUAAGUGCAAAUGUGGCUCUAUGGGAACCACCAAUCUAGAUUGAAGUACAAUAGCUUUCUCUGGCACGGAGCCAUUCACUUUCUCUCCAGCAGAGGGCGAUAGUGACACAUGCCGGCUAAGUGUCAUUUUCUUGUUGUGAGGCGUUGGAUUCGGAGGCUCCUGUGAGCCAGAAGGAAGCACUUGCUGCUUAAAGCAGACCCCCGCAGGAAAACCUUCCCAUAUCCGGCCUUGUUCUCAUGGCUUUGCUGACCUUGUUGUGUGUUUCUUCUGCACCCCGUGAGCCUAGCAAGUGCCUUUUAUGACAAUAAAAAUGCUGCUUUCUCUGA